AUUGGGAUAGCGCUAUACCAUUAGAAUCAGACAGCUGAUUGCCCAGCAGGAUGCCGUCGACUAUCCCAACAGAGGGCCUGAAGGACCCUGAAACUGCAGAACUCUUCUUCAAAGAAGAUCCAGAGAAGCUCUUCACAGAUCUCAGAGAAGUUGGCCAUGGGAGCUUUGGAGCAGUGUACUCUGCACGAGAUGUGCGCACCAAUGAAGUGGUGGCUAUCAAGAAAUUAUCUUAUACUGGAAUGCAGUCUACGAAGAAAUGGCAGGACAUUAUUAAGGAAGUCAGGUUUCUACAAAUAUUAAAACAUCCCAACAUUAUAGAAUACAAAGGCUGCUAUUUAAGUGAGCACACAGCAUGGCUUGUAAUGGAAUAUUGUAUAAGAUCUGUUUCAGAUUUCCUGAAAGUUCACAAAAAGCCAUUACAAGAAAUGGAAAUAGCAGCAAUUACACAUGGUGCUCUCCAGGGCUUAGCCUACUUACAUUCUCAUGCCAUGAUCCAUAGAGAUAUCAAAGCAGCAAAUAUCCUUCUGACAGAACAAGGCCAGGUGAAACUUGCUGACUUUGGAUUGGCUUCCAUGGCCUCUCGUGCCAGUUCUUUUGUGGGAACGCCGAAUUGGAUGGCCCCAGAAGUAAUUUUAGCCAAGGAUGAAGAACAACAAUAUGGUACCGAAGUAGAUAUUUGGUCUCUUGGAAUAACAUGUAUUGAACUAGCGGAAAUGAAGCCUCCUUUACAGAGUAAUAGUUCAGUAAGUGUCUUCAGUCGCAUAAUCAGAAGUGAAUCCCCUACACUACAGUCUACUGAAUGGUCUUAUCAUUUUCGACACUUUGUAGAUUCUUGCCUCCAGAAAAUCCCUCAAGAUCGUCCUACAUCACAGAAACUUUUAAAGCACAUGUUUGUUCGUCGGGAGCGCCCUGAAACAGUGUUAAUCGAUCUUAUUCAGAGGACAAAGGUGCUUUCCCAGGAGGCACAUAAUGGACCAGCAGUAGAGUCACAGGAAGAAGAGGUAAUAACUUAG